GGGCGGUGCGGGCGGGCGGGCGGGGAUCGCGGCGGCGGCGGCGGCGGCGGCGGGGCUGGGGCUGGGGAUGGCUUUCGAGGCGCUGGCGGAGGCGGCGGAGCGGUGGUGCGCCCGUACCCCCUUCCAGCUCAUCGCCGCCGAGGAGACGGAGCGGCGCAUGGACUUCUACGCCGAGCCCGGCGUCUCCUUCUACGUCCUCUGCCCGGAGGCCGCCUGCGGCGACAAUUUCCACGUGUGGAGCGAAAGCGAGGACUGCUUGCCUUUCCUGCAGCUCGCGCAGGAUUACAUCUCCUCCUGUGGGAAAAAGACACUCCAUGAAAUAUUGGAAAAAGUCUUCAAAUCCUUCAGACCCUUACUUGGGCUUCCAGAUGUCGAUGAUGAUGCAUUUGAAGAAUAUAACGCAGAUGUGGAAGAAGAGGAACCAGAAGCCGAUCACCAACAGAUGGGUGUCAGUCAGCAGUGAUUUUCUGACAAGCUAAAAAAAUUCGGAAGCUUUUGGUACCAGCUAAAACAGACGCCAUAACCUUAAACAGCCUUGCUUCAGGAGAACCAUCCUCUUCCUAGCGUCCAAUCCUUGGGUUGCGGCUCACACAAGUAGAUCUUUUGGGGGCUGACUUUCCUCUGCCGUAACGUAAUGCAACGAGACGUAAUUUGCAAGCUGGAGGCACAAAGUCAGGUUUGCUGAGCCACUUGCACCCGUUUUGUGUGGGGUUGGGCGCGCUGUGGCUGCACGGACGGGUGCCGGCACAGCAGAGGGGAGGGUGCAGGGGUGGACAUGGGUGGUAGCCGAGGACCCGCAGCAGAAGGUGCCCGUGGCGGAGGUGCGGACGCAAUCUGAACUGCCCUAAGUGCUGUGAAGGAUUGGCUCCACGAGGCUCGACGGAGAACUGGGCUCUGGGCAGCAGCGGGAUAGACAGGAAUUCCCGAAAUAAGGAAAAACUGUAAGAUCCAGCGCUUGUAAUUGCAUACGGGAGGUUGUAGUCUGUAACUGUGCUCUGCUGCCUUUCCCUGCCGGUUGACGGAAUUGUUAAUGAGUGGUUGAGCAUUCAUAUGGUUGCAAGCAAACUUGACGCUGUAAAUUAUGUAGAUAUAUUAUUUUCUGUAUCCACUAUCUCGCUUUUUUUUCGGAAUGCCGUAUGCCAUUUGGGUGACUUCCACAGCAAGACUGCAAGUGCUGGACAGCUGGGGGGGCCCUUCUGCAGCCCUCACCCCUGCGAAAUUCCCGCUGAAGUUGGCAAGAGUUUGUUGAAACGGGACCUGCAGGACCGGGCGGGCGCUCCAGGGGACACGGGAGGCUUGGUCCUGCAGAGAGCUGAGCGCUCCUGUCCCCUCUCACUUCGCUGGGAGACGAAUGUGUUGAGCCCUGCUGCUGCUGAACUGAAGCAUGACCGGGCAGCACUGAGGAUAAACUGGAAUUUUAUACGUAGAAAAUUUGCUUUACCUGUGUAUUAAAUGUGAAUGAGCAUUAAUAUAGAAUGUAUUUUAUCAAAAAAAAAAAAAAAUGAUUGCUUACUUUUACCAAAUACAUUUCUGUAUGACCGUGUUACUUGUUCCAUACUUACCAAACGAUGCAAGAGAUGCAGCACUGGUUUACUUGUAUUACAAAGUAUUUUUAUAUUUUAUUUGUAUUUUAUUUUUCCCUCACGCCCACCACAUAGUGAGGUUAGUAGCCAUUCAAUGAUUAACCAGGGGUAGCAUGACCCAGUGGUUAGGCUGCCAGACUGAGAUAACAAGACUCGCAACCACGUGCAUAAAUGGUUGCAAGCCUGGGGACGCGGUGAGAAAACGUGGGUUCAGAGCUCUGCCAUUGCCUUGCCCUGAGCUUCGGGUGGAUCUCAGCGGCUGGGAAUUCAAGGCAGGCCUCCAGUUACGCAUCCAGGCCUCCAUGAACUUCAGUGGGAGCAGGGUAGGGUAACUCCUUUGACAGUCCCACCUUAAGCCUUUUGUAAAAAGGGGCCAUUAGUAUUAUUUGCCCACCAGUGUAUAAAGUGCUUUUAGAGCUGUGGGUGGUAAGAGGUCUGCAUUGUCAUCGCCUGUCCUCGAAGCAAAGCAUUAGUGAAAGGACAGAGAAGAGUCUCCCUUCUCCUCCCUCGCACUUCUCUCACAGGCAUUUCAUGCUCUAGCUAAAUAUAAAUAAACCAGAGCAGAGCCUUUUGCAGAACUGGCGUUUCUGAAUACGAGUUGCAUGAAUGCAGGGAGCAGAGUGCUGCUUGGAGGAUGGGAGAUACAUGGGGAUUCCAGAAAUGUAACGAAUGGUUUGGUUAGCGGGGGCAAGAGUGAGAAAGGCCCCUUGCAGAGAGGUGCUGGGAUUUCUGAGACGGCCCAAACCGGCCUGCCGUGGGUCUGCUUGUUGAACCACUGCAGUUUCAAAAAAAAGCUGCUCUGAACAUUCCUGGGGCCUUGAGCUCGGUUGUGUUUUUCUGUUAGCGUCCUGGCUGAUGAAUGCAGGUUGAGAGAGGAAGGGAUGAAGAAAAAGCAAACUAAAAAGCCUUCUCCUCCUCUCUUCCCCAACAUUGUUAUUUAUGAUAGCAUGUGAGUAGGUAGGAGCAGCAGUCAGGGAGCACAAAGCUGCUUUAUUAGGUGCACAGUAACAUCUCUUAAAAGGACUUGCUCAUGAGCGAAAAAAUUGGCAAGCUGUUUCCUCAAAAAAAUGGGGGCAAUAUCACACCCCUGACCUGAACCCUACCAGACUUCUCCAGCUCUGCCUCCUGCCCUGGUCUGGGUUGUUUUCCAGGUGGUUUCCCCCUGGGCGUAGUGCUGUGCCUUUGAAAGUUGUGUGCUUGUAAGAAUGUCACUUUGAUGGACAUAGCCAGAGUUAGUUUUCCUGCGCCGGUGACCUGCAUGCUGGCUGCUGCACCUUGGCGCUGUGUCCCUGGCGAGGUGUGCUGCGUGAGAUGGUGGCUGGGGGCAGCGGGGAACAGCUUCUGCCACAGCAUUGCUUAGUAGGUGACUGCCCUUUCCCUCUCUGGAAGGUGUGGCACGGGACGGUGACAGCAGAAGUGAUUGCAAUGACUUUAUGGACAUUGCUUUGGAAAGCUGCCACACAGGACAGAUUCUCAGCCUCUUUCAGCAUGUUUCCUGAUCUUUCACUGGGAUCCAGGGCUGAAGUCCAUGGCUAUGUUACUCACAGACAGCUUUAGCUGUGGCAGGAGGCAAGGUUACCGGUUCAUCCAUCCUUACCUUGUGUCCAUCCAUGACCUCUGCCCACGUCUGUCUUUCCCUCAUGUCCAUCCUUAACCUGUGUCCACCCAUACCCUGUGUCCAACCUUCCGUCGUUUCCAUCCUUACCACUCUGUUCUUCUCAGAAAUUCCUGCUCCCAGAAGAAGGGAAGCAGAGGAACAGGGAGAGAAACACCUCUUGCCUCCUACAGCUUGUGGCAUCUGUGGGAGACACAGUUCAGAACAGUGUGUUUUAUGGAGCCACACUGUCCUUCUCACAGGGGGACAAAGUGGCAAGGGAGAUGUGUUACCCUCUGAGGACUCGUGUGAGAGGACCACCCUCUGAGCGGUCCAUGACAGACCGGGGUUAUGCAGAAGAGAGCAGUCAUUUUAGGUGCCAAACCCAAGAUCUUUUCAUGGGGAGCAAUGUCUAACUAAGCCAGUCUCUGAAAAUCAUGACCCAUUGAGGCUUUCCAGGCUGGGCAUCCAGAAAAUGAGACCCCUCUGACUGCCGGUUGCUGGGGAGCCCAGCCCAGCCUCCAGGUCUCUUUCUCAGUGCUGGCUGGUUUCAGGUUGGCCACAGGACAUGGCAAACUGGGAAGGAUUCCUUCAUGGGCUCUAGCUGGAUGCCUCUGACUGUAAAUUUCUGAGCAGAGGGAAAUGCUUUCUUUUAUCUGAGAGAAGGAUCUGCGGAGACCUUAUAGCGGCCUUCCAGUACCUAAAGGGGGCCUACAGGGGAGAUGGGGAGGGACUCUUUAUCAGGGGGUGUAGUGAUAGGACAAGGGGUAACGGUUUUAAACUGAAAGAGGGUAGAUUUAGAUUGGAUAUCAGGAGGAAAUUCUUUCCUGUGAGGGUGGUGAGGCACUGGAACAGGUUGCCCAGAGAAGCUGUGGAUGCCCCAUCCCUGGAAGUGUCCAAGGCCAGGCUGGAUGGGGCUUUGAGCAGCCAGGUCUAGUGGGAGGUGUCCCUGCCCAUGGCAGGGGGUUGGAACUAGAUGAUCUUUAAGGUCCCUUCCAACCCAAACCAUUCUCUGAUUCUAUGGAUCACCCAUUCAGUGAGCCAAAUUUUAAUUUACAUGCACUACAUUUGACUUUUUUCUGAUUGCUUUUUUUUUUCAUAAGAAAGGCAAUCCCUAAAGGUGCAUAUACUUUAUUGCACACCCCAGUUUCUACAGAGCCAUGUAACACUGCACUGUCAGUACGAGCUUGGUUAUAAACAAAUAUACAGAUUAACAAAAAGGGUGUUCAUUUGUCUGCAGAGAAAACCUUCUUUGAACUAGUUGCUGCUGACUACAGUAAAGCUCACUGGUUUAAUGUAAAAUACAUUGAACUUUGAAAUUUCCUUUCUGUACCAACAUGCUGUUGCUCAUGUAGGCAAAGAUCUGCGGUAACACUGCAUGUAAAAGGUGUCUGCUUUCAUCUUCGGGGGUGGUGGUGGAAAUGUCAGCUCUGGAUUUCAGUCAAUGCAACUUCUUUUGUUGUUGUCAAGUUUUCCUUUACUAAUGCAGGGACCAAUGCGACCUCAACACGUCAAGCAGAAACCAUGUUGCACCACACCAUGCAAAAACCGUCUUCGGCGUGCUUUCCCCCAUUUUUCUGGCUGGAAGAGCUCUCUUCUCUGUCUUUGGGGCUACAGAGCUGUGAAAUGAGUUGCCAAAAGAUGUUGCCCUUUUGUUCAAUGCUUUAAAAGAUGUAAGCCUUCAGUGAACCCCUGCCUUUCUUCCGACCCUCCUCCCUCUCCCACCACCGAGGCGUCAAAUCCAGCAGUGUUGUUACACCAUGAGCUUGCCAUUAAAGAGCUUACCAAACUCU